AGCCGCUUCUCUGCUUCUGUGAGCCACAUCGCAGAUCGUCCUGCAGAGGGUGUCCAGUCUCCUCAGCGCCGUCCCUAUCACAAGGUCUGGGACUGCUGCAGCGUCCAACACCACGUGCGCUCACAUGCUUAGCGGGGAGAAACGACCGGCCGACCCGGCACGGGUCUCGCAUGAGAGCGGGCCCCAGGUCUGGGUGAAGCUGACCCGGCACGGGUCAGGCCGUUCUCGAUCGGUGUUGUGAAUGUUCUGUUGUAUGUUUGUUGGGUUUGAACUCUCCGUGGCAUUGAGAGCAAGAACUGGGAACGCCUUUUUCGCAAAUAUGUAUUAGACCAGAGACUCAUGUUGUUCAACUUUAUAAACAUAAUUGCAUUUUUAUGCAGUCUGCAGACCAUGUAGUAGACAUUUCCAGAAUGCCAUGCAAUUCGCCCACCUCUCCAUGCUGAAAGCGUGCAUCUAUUUCAGAUCAGAUACCCAAGAGAGGUGGAACGUGACCGGGACCAUAGGACCCGGAUAACCAUGGGGUACCCGGUACCCAACUGGGAUAGUCUCGUUCGGGUCAUUCAACCUUUGUUGGUAUUCCCUACUUCCAACCAAACCCCGGCUCCCCACUGUUCCCCGGCCAAACUUCCCGGGGCAUCCCCCCGCUCGACCCGGCUCGGUGGCGAAAGCGAAGCGGCGCGUACGUCUUCCGCCGGUCAGCCCGCAGGUCGUGGGUUUGGGCUUCAGAACCGGACGCGCCCACUGCCGCUAUGUGGCGUCCUCCGCGUUAUGAUGGAUUAUCAUGGACCAUGGUCGUGCGGUUGUGAUCUACUUCUUGGGAAUCAUCUCUGGCGUCUGCAUUCUCCCUGCAGUGCUCUUCACCCACGAGCACCUGCUCCCACGGCCAGCCAAAACGCCGGCGCCUCCGACGGUGGGACCUUCGCCCAAUGAACUGUGGCCGACGGCAGUAGCUCCGGGGCAGAUGGAAGAUCUCAAAGAGUGCGGACUCCCGAGGAUUUGGUUGCACCUUGAUGCGCCCUCCCAACUGCCCUAUGAGAAGCUGGACACAUAUCAGCCUGGCAGCGGCCGCUUCAAGGGCCAAGCUGGACAAGACAGGUGGGUGGAUCAGGUUCUUCAAAGCCGCAGAAAGCUCUUCGUGGUGGAGUCGGGUGCGCUGAAUGGCAUCAAUCACUCCAACUCCAUCUUCUUCGAAACCGAGCGCGACUGGGAAUGCUUGCUCGUGGAGGCCAAUCCUUAUUUAUGGCCCGAAGUGCGCGCGAGACACCGGAAGUGCUUCUUCUUAAGCGGCGGCCUGUCCAUCACCAAGGCACGGGAGGACUUCCCCUUCAAGCUGGCAGGUCCUUUAGGUGGCUUCACGGCCACCAUGGGCGCCGCACAUGCUCAGCGUGCGAAGGCAGAGAUCGCGCGCCAGGCGCCGUGGAUGAAGGGAAAGCAGUCGACGGGAGAGGUGAUCAGAGUGAACGCCUUUCCGUUGGACCACGUCUUAGGUGCGUUGAACCGGUCGGUGGUGGACUAUUGGAGCUUGGAUACGGAGGGAAGCGAGCUUCAGAUCUUGAAGGGCUCAGGGUUGGAGAACAUCGAGCUGGGUGUUCUCACGGUGGAGCACAACAACGAGAAAGAAAAGAGGGAUGAAAUCAAAGAGUUCCUGCAACAGCACGGGAUUCAGCGAGUCCGUGCAGGAGGGCAGGAUGAUUUCUAUGCAAAUCCGAGCUAUUUUCACCGGAGAGGCUGGCCUUUCCCUGAGACUUCGAGUCCCUGACAGCUGACAGCGCUGCAGCCGUAGCCUUCACAUGAAGCAAGGGUGAUCCUGAUGAAAGCUUAGCUGGACC